AUGGCUACACCGCCAGCUGUAGCCAUUGCCCGAGCAGCCACCACCACCGAAAGCUCGUCGAAACGUCUCCGCACCAAUGCAGUCGGCGGGUCUGUUGACGCAGCCGAGUCGGCAUUUGUCAAUGCUUACAAGGGCUUCCACGUCCCACACGACCACUUUGCUGUCGAGCGCAUUCGUGUGGACAGCGUGACGCCCGAAGAGUUCUUUGCCAAGUUCGUAUGCACCCGAACGCCUGUAGUGCUGUGUGGAUAUCUGCAGGACGAGGCGUUCACUGCUCCAUGUAAGUGGUUCGAGUCGAACGACCGUCUGAUUCAACUUGCAGGCGACACGAAGCUCACGGUCGAGCGACGGGGCGAUGUUCGCGAGCACUUUGGCAAGGGCAUUGCAGUGGAGAUGGCGUUCCGGGAGUUGCUUCAGCUGAUUGCGUCGGGGGACGAACUGCACUACUUGACGACCCAAGAGGUGGCGUCUGAAGACGAUGGCCGACCGGAGAUCAUGGCGCCGUUUAUGCAGCAGCUGCAGCAGGACUUUCCCGUGCGUCCGAAGCUCAUGGGUCACUUGGUUCCACAGAACAUCAACAUGUGGAUGGGCAACAACAAGCAGGGAUCAUCCACGGGGCUGCAUCACGACUACCAUGACAACCUGUACGUCUUGAUGCGUGGCAAGAAGCGCUUUCGUCUGUACUCACCUGCAGACGCGGAAAAGAUGUACGUGCGUGGCCAGAUGGCGCACGUGCACCCAAACGGUCUGAUCAAUUACGUGGAAAGGGUCACGACACCCUAUGGUGCUGAUCCAGCAGCAGAACGAGAGGCACUUGCUGCAAUGGUGAAAGACGAGGCAGAACGUGAGUUGGCUGACGCUGAACGUGCAGUGGAAGCUGGUGAAGCGGGCGCUGAGGCCCGCCGUGAAGCAGCUGAGGAGCGGCUGGAAAAAGCGUUGUUUGGGAUGCUGCAAGCGCACGCUAGCGACGAUGAAGACGACGAGGAGUUUGAAAAUGGAGCUUUUUCGUUCGAGGAGAGCGACGCUGAAGGAAAUGACGACGAGAGCGAAGAAAGUGGUGAGCUGGAUGAGGUUGCAGCUGACCCUCCUAGCGACGAAAAAGAGAGCAAGAACAAUGCCAAGCGGGAUGUUUGCGAGAAGGACGUUACAUACCCCGUGAGCUUUAGCCGUGUGGACACAUUUCAGUUGCGCGAUGGCAAACAGGCGCAGCAAGAGCUGCUGCAAGCAGAUUUUCCCAAGUUCUGUCAAGCGAAAUGUGCCUCGUGUGAUUUAGAGGCGGGGGAGAUUCUGUACCUGCCUGCUUCAUGGUUUCACGAGGUGGAGUCCUUCGGCUCUGCGCAGGGUAACGGCCACCUGGCUUUGAACUAUUGGUUCCACCCGCCUGACCAGCUUUCGGCCGAGCACUUUGCUUCACCGUACUCAUCGCCCUUCUGGCAGCGUGACUGGGAACAGCGUUUCCAUUCAGACAAUUAA